AUGUUUUCAUAUUUCGUAUUACCGAAGAUACUAAAAAGCUGCAAUGACGUCACGAGCGGAAAAGGUGAAGGAUGUCCGCCAUUAGCUCAGCAGGAAGAUCUUCCGGAAGAGGAGCAGCUAUCCUGUUCAUCGUACGAUAACGUCAGUGAUGAUUCCUGCGAUUUAAACCAACAACAGCAACAACAACAACAACAGCAGCAACAACAACAUCAACAGUUAUUAGAAAUACAAACGAACGUUUCGAAACUGUAUCGUCAAAAACAACCAUGCACUCAGAUGAAAGCUAACAACAACGUCAACAUCAACAGCAACAACAUCAACAGCAACAACACAGAUAUCAACAAUGUUGAAGUUGAGGAAAACGCGAUUAAGGUAUGA